GAAAAUCUUGUUUCUUAGUCCGGCAAACCUCUCUUUCUCUCUCAAGAUGGAGGAUCACUUCUCUGAACGACUCAUAUACAGAAAUUGUUCAUGAAUCAGACGGUUCUUUCUGGUGAUAAUGAAAGAUGAUUGAUCCUCUAUUCGGUUCUUCCAAGGAAGUGUUUUCGUCUUCAAACUUUCUCUGUGUUGUGUGUUUCAGCAAGAUCUGUUGUCUCUGUCAUUACACACCUACUUGGGGUGCAGAGUCAGAGGAAUUUAAUGGCGUGAGCUCGCUCAAGCUAAUUCACGUUUCUACUUCUACGAGUUGUUCCAUUGAACCUUGAUGGAUCAUCAUAAUCUGUCUGUUUUUGUAUGAAAUUGGAGGGAGCGAAUCAACGGAAUUGGUGAAAUUAGGUGAGAUGGAUUUGAAAUCAGUAAAAUGUGCUAUUAAUAGCAUUUCCCGGUUCAUUCAUCUGGUUUCAUGCCAAACAAACAAGUCUAUUCCCACAAUGAAGAACUACAGGAUCAUAGCUAGCGUAUUAAAGAUUUUGAAACCAUUGCUUGAUGAAAUUAUUGAUGAAAAGUUACCUUGUGACAAAUUUGUUUGUAAAGAGUGUGAAGUGCUUGAUCUAGCCGUUAAUCAGGCUAGGGAGUUGCUAGAGAACUGGUCUAUGAAGAUGAGCCAACUAUUCUGUGUUUUAGAAAGUGAUCUAUCGUUGAUCAAAAUUCACGGCUCUUCAUUUCAGAUUUAUUGCAUUAUCUCUAGAUCCCUCUCUGAAUUGCCAUCUUCUGAAUCUCCUGCCAUCCAGAACUUCAUGGAAGAGCUUAAGGGUUUAAAGCUGGAAGGUAUAACAACAAGCCUUGAAGAGGCUCUUAAAGGUUUGAGACGAGGAGAUUUUCCUUCCAACGAAGUCUUAACUCAUAUUAUCGAGUUAUUUAGUAUGACAUCAUGUGAGGAGCUACUAAGGGAGAGCCUAGCCUUGGAAAAGGAGAGAAUCAAGGUCCUCGACGAUAAAGUGAAAGGGGAUCUUGACCGCAUAAAUUCCAUCAUUGACCUCAUGUCCCAUAUUCGUGACUUCUUAUUGGAACAUGAUAACUUCAAGUUCUUAAAUGGCAUCCGGGUCCCUUCUUACUUCCGUUGUCCUUUAUCAUUGGAGCUCAUGUUGGAUCCUGUUAUUGUGUCCUCUGGACAAACCUAUGAACGAUCAUCGAUCCAGAACUGGCUAACUAGUGGGUUUUCAACAUGUCCAAGAACACGUCAAACCCUCUCACACACUAAUCUCAUCCCGAAUUAUACCGUCAAAGCUUUGAUUGCAAAUUGGUGUGAUGAGAACAAUCUGAAUUUCAACAAUCCUCAAUCCGUAAAAAAUGGAGUAUGUAGCUUAGAUCUUGUUCGUUUAGACAGUUUCCAAUCUACUCAAAGUAACGAUUCCAUAUCAAGAUCCUCAGUUGGAAACAACGGUUUCAACAACCAACACGCCGAGACUGAUAGGUCUGGUCAUUCAUCUCCAGGUCAGCGGUAUGUCCACACUAGAAACGAAUCAGCAUCGAGCGUUGUUUCGAGUGUCCUCUCUGGGGAAAUGACUUUAGAUUCUUCCAUUUCUUAUCCAACUAAAAGUCAGGAUUCAAAUCCCCGAAACUUGAUGGCAUCAUCGGUUUCCGUUUUGUCAUGCGACGAUUCAAUCACUUCAUCUUCCCAUGUUGAGAAACUGGUUGAAGAUCUAAAGAGUCAAUCGAAUGAAGCACAGGCUUCGGCCGCAGCCGAAUUGCGAUCCCUCUCAAAGCAUAGCACGGAGAAUCGAACUGUUAUAAGCAGUUGUGGGGCUAUAGUCCCUUUACUUUCACUCUUAUACUCAGAUGUGAAGAAUACCCAAGAACAUGCAGUAACCGCAAUUCUAAAUCUAUCAAUCAACGAAAAUGUUAAGACAAUGAUAGCAGAAGCAGGAGCUAUCGAACCGCUUAUCCAUGUCCUUCGAACAGGAAACGCAGGAGCCAGAGAAAACACAGCAGCAGCCCUUUUCAGUAUUUCGGUUCUGGAAGAAUACAGGAUAAAGAUUGGUCGGUCGAAUGCGGUCAAAGCAUUGGUUGAUCUUCUUCAGUCAGGUACGUUAAGAGGGAAGAAAGAUGCGACCACUGCCUUGUUUAAUUUAUCGAUUACCCAUGAGAAUAAGGCUCGUAUUGUUCAAGCGGGGGCAGUGAAGUAUCUUGUACAAUUGAUGGAUCCUGGCUCAGGAAUGGUGGAUAAGGCUGUGGCUCUAUUGGCUAACCUUUCUACUGUUGUGGAAGGUUGUACUGCUAUAGUGCGGGCUGGAGGUAUACCUUAUCUUGUUGAAAUAGUGGAGACAGGUUCUAACCGGGGAAAGGAGAAUGCAGCUUCUGUUUUGUUCCAACUUUGUAUAAACAACGUGAAGUUCUGCCGCUUGAUUCUGCAAGAAGGAGCGGUUCCUCCACUUGUUGCUUUAUCGCAAUCUGGCUCCCCAAGAGCAAGGGAAAAGGCACAACAGCUCCUCAGUCACUUCAGAAGUCAGAGAGAAGGCGGAUCAGGAAAAGGAAAGUCAUGAGCAGCCAUUGUUUUCUGGUUUUUUUCUUUGGAAUGAAACUCUUUUUUCUUAUUUGAUCUUACUCCCCAUUUGGUAAGUUGUUUGCUUAAUUUCUCUGAGGAUAGCUAGCUAGCUUUUAGUGUCUUCUGCAUCUUCAGUAUAUAUAGUGUUCUUAUUAAU